ACAAGCGGGAAGUAUGGCGAUGAUAGAAAGGCAAGCCAAAGGACCCGAUCAACAAAUUGAACAAAAUGAAGGUCCAGUGGUGGACCUGUCAGCGCAGGGUCUGCAGAAACUGGAGCCCAGUUUCACCUGCUCUGAUGAAACACACACACUCAUUCUGGACCGGAACCACAUCAUGAAACUGGACCAUCUGGAGAGGAGCCGAGGCCUCCAACAGCUAUCAGUUGCUGGUAACCGCCUGGUGCGGAUGAUGGGUGUGUGUCGUCUAACCGAGCUGAGAGUUCUGAAGUGCCUAUCCCUCUCCUGGUCUUCUGGGAUUAGCUAAGAGACUGCCCAUAAACUCAGUCCACCUGUGCUGAUGAAUGUUAUUGAUGGCUCUAACAGCGCCUCUAAGAACUUACUGACUCACAUCCAUAUAACGAGUGGUAUAUGGACUCAAGGAUGUGGAUAUGUUUGUAUAGCCCAGAUGAUUUUUCUCCCUUUAAUUCUCUUGGACAAUGCUACGUUGUUCAUUGUCAUGAUCUGUCAGUCAGUUUGGCUAAUGCUUGCUUCACUGACGUUGGGGGAACGCGGGAAUGGCAGUUCCAACUCCCGGCACCCCCACGCGGCCGACACGCAAUCUUAUAUUGCUGUGAUUUAAUGGUCAUCCGUGGUGUGUCCAGAUGUUAAGGGAUUGCACGGCGGAAGACAAGAUUCUCCAGGAGUAUCAGACUACAAUUCACAUAUAUAAGUGCCGCUACUCGGUCGUCCCAAAUCUCUUCAAUGUCAAUCUACCUUUAAGUAGAAACAGAUUGGCUACAGUUCAGGCUAGACAGCUUGGCUCCAAAUGUAAUUCCAAUUUCUCCUGUAUUCAAAUGCCUCAAUCUAUCCUUGUAUUCCUGCAGGUGAGUGAGAGGACCAGGUCUGGACUAGAUGAUUUGGCGUGAAUGUAAAUAUCACAGCUUGCUGAGAAGGUAGUUUAGUUGCUGAGAAUGGUUUGUACUAGACACUGAAAUGUAUCUCCAGGUUAAAUGCAAAUUGUAAAAAAGAUUUGAAAAAAUCUGGUGCUCUAUGUUUACACAAUAAAAUGUUUUCUUU